AUGGCCUCCGAUUCUAUAAUAUACGACAAGUAUGGUGAUCUAUCCUUCUAUCAGCCUCCCCAAAGGCAAUACCAGUCCCUGGAAUCUAACUCUGAGAGAACCAGCUUUGAUUCCAUUAGCAGUUCAGGAGCUAGCCAAUCCUUCCAUACUCCCAUUAGUCAAGAAUUUGCUCAAGGAGGGUCUACUGCUAUGCUUCCCUACCCAACGCUGGAUUUGAAUACUAUAAGUCCUGUUCCAGAGUCUCCAGAGGCUGAAUCGAGUAAGCAUGGGGAAACCUCCUCACCUUCGAAGUCUAUUACAAAUAGUCUCACAUCGAAUGCCAUAGGGUCCAUCAUAGGAAGCUACAAUUACAGUCAAAGCUCUGUAGAUUUGCAGAAAAAGUCGGCAACUCCUGAAUUGAUAAAGCAGACGUCAAGCGACUCAUAUACAAGAAUUGGUCUGGACAACAGUCGCUCUACGCUGUCGCAUCGUCGACAAGACUCUGAUACAUCCACCUUGUCAAACCAAUCUUCAAAUGAACAACAAAAUAAAAGCAAGCGGUUUGUUAGGUAUGCAAUGAACACCCAAGCACAUUCAGUAAAUGCUUCCAAGAAAUGGGAUAUAGAUAAUGUCCUACAAUGGCUAAGAAAGCACCAAUUCAACAGCUCAUGGCAAGAUACAUUCAAGAAUAAUGAGAUAUCAGGAAAUCGGUUUUUGGAGUUGGAAAAUUUUGACAAGAAUUCGAUGAUUUGGAAGCAAUUUUCAAAGUAUUUGAAGCUUGACUCUAAUCUCAACUCUAUAGAGAGAUUCAUCGAGCUACUACGAAAUGAAACUGAAAAGGAAUCAGAAAAUAAAGAUAACCUACUACCGGCGAACAUAAAGUAUGAAAACAGGAAAUCGACACCAGUCUUUUCAAAACACAAGUCAAGCUCCUCUGUGUCUUCUACAAACUCCGCAUCAUCAACGCAGCGGCCAACCUCUUACAUAGAUAUAAGGUCUAAAGACCAGCCUCCUACAUCGGCUCACCUGUUUUUCCGAAGAAACAGGAGUGGAUCAAAUGAAGGUGAUACAAAGAGAAAAAGUCAAGUAUUCGAUGAAAACAAGAGACAUUCCAAGUUAGACUUUAAGAAAAAUGGUGGUAUUCUUAAUACAAUUAGAAAGUAUGGUGGGGACAAAGCAGUUGGUAUGGUGAAGGCAUCUACAGGACGACAAAGUAACAGAAAUAGCACAGUGCUGUCGUAUUCGAAUCAACUGCCGGUACAAGAGUUUGAGAGCUUAUCUCCGACGUUGGUACCUCCUAGGCCGGUUGCUCGGAGAUCAAUUGACAGUACAAAUUCUGCAAGCUCGGUUCCCUUGUUUCGGAUUGAAAGGUACGAAGAGGUGCCAUCACCUUUAGAUGAUAUAUACAUGCCGCAGAAGUUUCUGCAAUAUGCUGCAAAGACUAUCUUAGUCAGUAGUGACAAUAGAUCCUUUGUUCCAUUCUCAUUAGCAAAUGAUGAACUAGAUGAUAUUCCAUCGGCCAGGCUGAAAAUAAUCCUGCAUUUGGGCAUGGUUGAUGUGGGAACUACUACUAUACAUUUGACUGAUUUUAAUGCGACCGAAGGAGAAGCCUUGCCUGAUGAUUUGAUGUCAAAAGUUCUUCAGCAAGAUUCUUUAGUGAAGUUUGUUGUUAAACAAUAUGUUGACUCGCCCGAUGGAACAUUGAAAACUACCUCGACAGUUUCAUCAGAUUCCAAGUCGUUCGAAACCAGCGACGAACACAGGACAUACCCAGCGACUCCACAAUAUUUAUUGCAAAAUCUCAAUACCACCAAUGUUGAUUAUUGGAACUUUAAAGAACAAGCAAAUUUGUCAAAGAUUUCUGAAAAUCCGAAAACUGCAUCCAGAGAAACUCAGAUAGAUGCUUCAAUACUAAGUGAAGGAAGGGCAAGUGAACCAGGAUCAUUUACAAAUGAGUUGACACGAAAUUUCGAUCAACUAAGGCAGAAAUCCAACCAUCACAAUUUCCCUUUGAAGUUUCCUUUUCGGACCAAUAGUAAAAAGAAAACGCCUUUGCUUCAAAUCGAUACUUCGGGUUUCGUUAGUCUGAGGAACUCUUCGGCGUCUCCUGAAUCUACAGGGUCUUCAUUUAAAGUGAUAAGAAAGGGUGCUAAUGAAAUCAAUUUUGAUGAGAGGCGAAAGUCACCUUUUGAAAAGAAGGCGCCAAAAUUAAUUGCAAACAUAUAUGAAUCAUCCCUAUCUGACUUCAAAAGCUCACCUAUUUCAGCAACCACGGUUAUGACACUAAGAGAUGACCCGAGGGAUGCAAAAUUGAAAAAGAGCGCUAGUCAAAGAAGUGAUUUAAGGACGGACUCAAUAAAGGCGCGAAGAGCUGCUCCACCUCCACCUAAAGAUCGUCGCUCUCAGAUUCGACAACAGCACUCAGCUUUGCUCAAUGUUCAAUCCAUACACUCUCCUGCUAGCUCAAGUAACAGUAGGAAUUCUGAUGGGGAUAGUGAAGAUGAUUUUUUUGUGAAGCCCAUGGAUAGUAAGGAAGUAUCUGCAGAGCACUCAGGUGGUAUUUGUGAUACAGAAUCAACAAAGUCUGAUGCUGACUCUGAAAGUGAUUUUUUUGUCAAGCCAAUGAGACAAAAGACGCUGCAGAUGACGGUUAGACCUCCUGUUGAAGAGCUUUAUGACAACUUGGAAAAGUACUUUCCUCAUACAAAUCUUGACAAGCCGAUAAUCGAUGAGGAAUCACCAGAACAGCCCAUAAAGGAAAAAAAGCCGUCUAUUUCGCGGACAUUUUCAAAUGCCAAUAUUUCCCCUGUCAAUCAGCAGCAAACGGCACCCACAAAUAAUGCACGGAUCAAAAGAAUGAAAACUAUUAGAGGUGUCGCCAACGAGGCGCGUCGUAAGGCAUUGAAGUGGAAGCAACAAUCGCCACCUAUCACAUUUGCAAACAUUUCCAGAGAAAAUAGUAAGAAAUUGGCAAGAUCAAAUACCAAAAUGUGGGGACAAAAAGUGUUUGAAGUUACAAGCAGCGAAAUUGAGCGUGGAGUUGUAAACAAGUUCCAAAACAAAGACGGUCGUUAUCAAGAGUUUGCCUGGAUAAAGGGUGAAUUGAUUGGACGUGGAUCUUUUGGUGAUGUAUAUUUGGGUUUGAAUGUAACCACUGGUGAAAUGUUGGCAGUGAAGCAAGUUGUUAGAAGCAACAAACUUGAUCUAGAAGGAAUAAUGGCAUUACAUAAGGAGAUUGAAACGAUGAAGGAUUUAGACCAUAAGCACAUUGUACAGUAUCUCGGUUAUGAGCGGAAGAAUAACACCUAUAGUUUGUUUUUGGAGUAUGUUGCUGGUGGAUCAAUUGCCAUGUGUCUCAAAUCGUAUGGGAAAUUUGAUGAGACUUUGAUUAGGAUUAUUACCAAACAAGUUUUGCUAGGUUUGGAAUAUCUACAUUCUAAUAACAUCAUCCACCGAGACUUGAAAGCGGAUAAUUUGUUGUUGGAUAUUGAUGGUACUUGCAAAAUAUCUGACUUUGGAAUAUCUCGUAAAAAUAAUGACAUUUACAGCAACGCCAAUAUGUCUAUGAAAGGAACUAUAUUUUGGAUGGCACCAGAGGUUAUUGAUAACAUGGUGGAGGGAUAUAGCGCCAAGGUUGAUAUAUGGUCAUUGGGAUGUGUUGUUUUGGAAAUGUUUGCUGGAAAACGUCCUUGGUCAAAUGAGGCUGCAAUUAGUGUCAUUUAUAAGGCAGGAAAAGAGAAGAAGGCGCCACCUAUUCCUAAAGAUAUCGCACAUUUGGUAAGUGAAGAGGCUGAAAAUUUCAUAAACAGGUGUUUCACUAUAGAUCCGGCAUUGAGACCCACCGCAGAGGAAUUGUUGAAUGACCCUUUUGUCACCACGUCUCGAGAGUUUAAUUUUGGAUCGACAGAGUUGGGCAGACUCAUCAAGUUUAAUAGUAAAGUGUAUCCUUCAUAA